UAAUAAAUUACCCAAGAUUUAAAUUCUUUAAUAAAAAACAAUAUGGUAGUUUUCUUUGUCGAGAUUAACUUUGGUGGGAAAGAGCAACAGACACGGAGCACCACAAGCAUGAAAUCCGACGACAAAAAAUGGAACUGUUCGUGAAUAGAAACAAGGGUAAAUUAGGGCAGCCCCUUGUAUCUAGCUUUGUAAUCCUGCCCUAAUUUUUUGCUUUCUCUUUGACUUCUUUCACUUGACCCAACUCCUUCAUAAUAUUUUACUAUGCCCUUUUUGACUACUUCACAUAUAUUCCCUCUUGUUUUUGUACUUUUUCAUACCCUUUUUUCCAAUAAACCUAUCAAUAUUGGCACUCUGCAUAUCCAGAGAAAGAUGUUCUGAAGUGCUGCCAAAUUCAUUUUAUUUUAUUGCCUCAAAAAAAAAAAAGACAUGCAUGUGUGUCUCCUAUAUUUGUCCCCAUGAAGUACAGUUGAAAAGGAACAGUUUUAAGCUUCUAAUCCUCAAUCAUAGAAAGAAUAGUAUAAUCCUCUCGAAUUAAAUAUUAAGUUGCUGUUUAAUCUCUUAGUGUAAUGAGACUGAUUUCGGGGUUCACGUUUUGCAAAGAAGUGACCCGUUAAAGGGAACAACAGAAGCCACCAUACCUUUCAAUUAGAAUGUUCAUCACUCAAUGUAUUUUCAUGUUCUCUUUUGUCUCUUACAAAACCCUCAAGUACAAAUAGUCCUCUACACUAUAAUACAUAUAUAGACAUAUAAUCCCAACUUCUCCUUUUAUCUUUUCAACUUUGUGAUCCUUAAGGAGUCAUCUCGAUCGAUAAUCAUGUCGUUCAUUCCCUCAUUUUUCAUCUUCUUCCUGUGUCUUUCCAUGCAUGCAUGCAUUGCUCGGCGUCUUGGCUUAGUCAAGGUUGGAGAAAGGGUUAAGCAAAAGAUAAAUAUCGACCCAGCAGUUCAAGGGAGUACAAUUAGAGAGGGCAUCAUUAACAAGAUUGAUGGUGCUGUGAUGACUACUCAUCAAGAACCAAAAAUCGACUCAAAGCUUGUCAGCCAAAGUUCAGGUCAAGUUCCCAUCAAGCCUCUUGUUUCGGUUUCUUGGAGAGUGCCCAGCAAGAAGGGAGACAAACCUGCAGGGUUUCACUCAGAUUAUUCUAUGCCAAGAAUGCGCACUCCAUCUCACAACUGAAGUUUCCCUCUCUAUAUUUGUUCUUCAUUUUCUUGGGACUUUUGCGCAUACUUGAGCUUCAAUUUUGUGGCCUUAUGAGAUUACCUACAACUCAAAGAACCUUAACUAGAACUGUAUAUUAAUUUUGCUGUUCCAGGCCAUAGCUACUCCACCACCGCUAUAUAUAUAAUUCCUUCUUCUCUAGCCAGUUUUGUACACCAUAGUUAUAUAAAUUUAUAAAUUUUACAUUAAUGUUCCACUGC